AGCAUGCCUUGGUCCGCAUUUGCAACUCAUGGAGGGUGAGAUGAGUGUAGUUCGCUUUCACGUGCUGACUGAGUCGUGGUGAUUGAUGGCGUCUUCGUUGCCCGACGAGCUGUGGCGAGGCCGGGUGGUGAGGUGCCUGCAGCUGCCUGAUGUGAUAUUUCUCCGCAAAACCUCCCGCGCCAUCGGCACGUCCAUUAUCACGGCCGCUCUGCUAGUGGAGCGCAUCGACGGCUCCCUCGCCCGCCACUCACUCACCGGCCUCAUCGACAUCGACCGCACUGCCCCUCUCCCAUUCAGCUACGUGCUGCGGGCGGCCUAUGUGCUGGAGCAGGGCAACGACGAGUGGCCUGUGAUGGGGCGGCUCAUCCGGCUGGCCGCCAUCCAUCGGCUGACACCUGUCAAUGGGCUGCCCCUGGUGCUGUCGGCUCAGUGGCUGACAGCCCACCUUCCCAGCAGGACGGCAUUCCACCAGCUGCCACUGGCGAUGGCAAUCUAUUGGCUGUUCGGCCACCUGCUGACACACAACACACACAGCCUGGCGCUGCAGCAGACCAGCAUUCAGUAUCGGAUCGGCGAUGAGUCGUUUCGUGUGGUGCCGUUGAGUGAGCUGCCGGGCGGCCAUCCCUAUGUCGACGGCUACAAGCGGACCGACCCCGCCAUAAGCUGGACCGGCGAUCUCUGCCCCUCCUUCUCGACAUUCCUGAUGCGAACGCUGCUCGGCAGGGCCUACGCGUGGGCUGGAGAGGGAGUGAACGAUAAGAGGGCGCUGUGUGCGGUCAUCGGCCAUUAUGACCCUCGCUAUGGCCGUCUGAUGAGGACCGACGACAUCACCGAGGAUCUGGGCAUCGCUGUCGACUAUCGCUUUAACCGGGGCGAUCUGAAUGCUGCUAAUCCGAGAGAAGAAGGUUAUGUGGUAGUCAGAGGCUUCCGGCCGGGCGAGACCGUCGCUGCCUGUCUCUGGAUGGGGUCGGGCACUAUCGUACUGCGGACGAUCGAGCCAUCCGCUGCUGAUGCGCCUGCAUCACUCGCCCACCGCUUCCCCAUUUCGGAGCCCCUGUGGCGCCGUCUGCUGCAGCGAUUCGUCCUGGACACCGACGUAAUCGACAAGUGGAUGGUGAGGGGGUGAGUGUGGUGCUGGCUGGCGAUUUGUGUUGUGUAGCCGUAUGCUGGCCGGGCACUGUGUGAGGAGUGGAGGGGGGCGGAGUGCCUUUAAAUGGCUGACGUGACUGAGAAUGAAUGGGUGAAGGUCGCGAUUGCUUUUUUGUCAGACUCAGUGACUGUAUGUG